CUACGUCACAUCCGGUGAAUGGGGCCUUUUUUGUUUCCCCGCAUCCGCCAUUUCAGUUUUUGAAGUUAGUGGACACCAGCCGCCGGAUCUUCGCCCCAAUCGGCGCCGCGGGUGAAGCGCAGUGAGCGGGGAGCAGCAGGCGGAGCUCAGGCCGCAGCGGAGCCGCUUUUCUCGGCGCGGAUCGGAGCCUCGGCUCGGCCAGCUGCGGAUGCCGCCUGCUCACCGGAGCGGCUCUCGGCGCUAAAGUUUUUUGUAUGAGUUGAAGCUCCGCUGGUGGAUAACGGGAGGAGAGCGCGGAAGGCCCCGGGUUGAAACCUCGGCUUUGUGGUGGUCAUCAUGGCCGGUCACUUUGACGCGAAGGACCGCGGCAGCUGGUACUGGGGCCGCCUGAGCAGGCAGGAGGCGCUGUCCCUGCUGCAGGGUCAGCGGCACGGCGUGUUUCUGGUCCGGGACUCCAUCACCAGCCCGGGGGACUACGUGCUGUCGGUGUCGGAGAACUCCAAAGUCUCCCAUUACAUCAUCAACAGCAACAGCAGAGCGUCCGGCCCAGGUUUGGGCCUCCCCAGGUUCCGCAUCGGCGACCAGGAGUUUGACGCUCUUCCUGCUCUCCUGGAGUUCUACAAAAUCCACUACCUGGACACCACCACCUUGAUAGAGCCCAUCAACAAGUCCAAACACCCCUCCUUCAUUCCGGGCGGCGGGGCCCCUCCGCGCCUGGAGGACGAGUUCGUCCGCGCGCUUUUUGACUUCCCCGGCAACGACGACGAGGAUCUCCCGUUCCGGAUGGGCGACAUCCUCCGGGUGCUGGAGAAGCCGGAGGAGCAGUGGUGGAACGCCCAGAACUCUGAAGGGAAAACCGGGAUGAUCCCGGUGCCGUACGUGGAGAAGUACCGGCCGGCUUCGCCCAGCGCCGCGGCGGGGGCCGGCGGGCCCGUAGUGCCGCCCGCAGGGAUGGCGGCGCACGGGAACUCUAACAGCUCUGCCGCUCUGUCCGGAGCGCCGCUGCUGGGAGACCCCAGCCAGUACGCCCAGCCCACGCCGCUGCCCAACCUCCAGAACGGGCCCGUGUUCGCCAGGGCCAUCCAGAAGAGGGUUCCCAACGCCUACGACAAGACCGCCCUGGCCCUGGAGGUGGGCGACAUGGUGAAGGUGACCAAAAUAAACGUGAACGGCCAGUGGGAGGGCGAAUGUAAAGGCAAGCACGGCCACUUUCCUUUCACACACGUCAAACUGCUGGACCAGCACAGCGGCGAGGACGAGCUGAGCUGAGGGCGGCCCGCCCCCGCACCCACGGACACUACACUACUAUUAGCCCUGCCCUCACCCAUUCUCCCCCCUCCCUCAGCAUUUAGCAGCACCAAGUACUGAGAAUUACCAAGAACAAAGACCGUGAUCCACGUCCCCCAGCUGCUCCCUGGACAGGAGGGACGCUCCACUUCCUGUGUCCCGCCCCGUAGAUGUUUGCUGCCAUUUCCUCGGCCCUCAUUGGCUGCAUUCAUGUCUUUGAAGUAGAGAUGCACCAACCAGAGCUGCUACCGGCGGACGGAUGUCGGCUUCCUCAGAGCCGCUGGAAUAAACGGAUCUCUGACGGCCGUGUGAAGACGUCCUCCAGAGACCGCUUGGAUUAAAUGCUAGCAUGAUUAGCCCCGGUGACAUUACCGGUUCAACAAGGAGAGGCACUCUGUUCCGCCUUCCUGUUAUCCAC